CUCUCCAUGCGGCAGCCAUGGCAAGUGGUUAGCCUGGAUUUCAUAACCGGGUUACCAACUACCAUAAGCGGUCAUGACGCAAUCCUUGUCGUCAUCGACAAAUUCUUUAGAAUGGGACACUUCAUCCCGACAGACACGGCAGCACACAUCGAAGAAACAACACAACUAUUCGUUCGCUGCAUCGUCUCUCAACAUGGCAUUCCAACCAUACUCAUCUCCGACCGAGACCCCAAGUUCACCAGCAAGUUCUGGAAGGAACUAAUGUCUCUACUCGGGACCAAACUCGCCAUGUCAUCCGCCUACCAUCCGCAGACAGAUGGACAGACUAAGCACCUCAACCAAAUUGUAGAGCAACUUCUCCGCGCAGCAUGCAAAGACGAAAUCUUUAAUUGGGACUUGCAUCUGUCCGUCGUGGAGUUUGCCUACAACAACGUCACUCACGCCGCUACUGGACAGACGCCGUUCUUCCUCUGCUACGGACGCCACCCGCCCACGCCACAAAAACCGACAGCAUAAGCUACGGUUCAACCCGCACAG